AAAAGGGUCACAUGUGGCUUGAAAUGUACCAGAUUGACUAAACAUAUUUUGAGAAACUAUAAUUUUAUCUUUAAUUAAUUUAAAUUUAAACUGUCAUGUGGCUACUGACUAGAUUAUUGAGCAAUGCAAGCUUUGUGCUGAAUAAUGAAUUCCGCAUUCUUUAUUGCUAACAGUGAACCUUUCUCUGGCUGAAUCUUGACUAGCCUAGGAAGCAACCUGCACCUUCAAGGGGAAGAUCCUGGCUACACAAAUCCAAAGUGUGAGGAAUGACAAAGUUGGAGGACAGGAAGCACCCAUCAGCAGGAAGCCUAGAAGCAAGAAAACUGGUCCUCUGUAAACUGCUGCUGAAAACCAUUCAUUAAAUCCCAUCUCUCCAAUAUUCAGUGAUUUCUGUCUGCUAGAGGGAAGCAGUGCAACCCUUGUCUAGUUUAUUAGAGGGCACCCACUCAAUCCGCACCCUAAGAAGGUUAGCACUGGAGUGAAUAGCUGCUGUAGGCUUCACAGAUAAAUUCUGCUUCCCUUAUUUUGCUAGAAAACCCUCUCUCGGUCCUCCAGUCCCCAGGCCAGAAUGAUGGUAAAGUCAAGGAAGCAAGAUGCGCUCUGCAAGUCAUCUUUCCUUUGCUUUUUUCUUUGUCCCAGGCUCCUGUGCAAACCUGUCUUGAAGCAGUCUCUUUUCUCAUGUGAAAUACGCCUUUUUUUAAUGAAAUAUGCCUUUUCAAGUAGCAUAUGAUUGCCUACAUUGUCUGUCAAGCUGGAUUUGAAAAUUUCAAAACAUCGGUGCGCUUUUGCUACUCUGUAACUAUGACAACAGAUGCUAAGCAACUAUUUGUGUCAGUCCCAUUGUGAAACUGGCCAGUUACCAACACACUCCCAGGAAUGAAUCUUUCCAAUAGGCCUUCAUGGUUAACUGACCGUGAGAGGAUAAAUGAAAGGCUAAACAGCCUAUCAGCAGUUUCUUCAAGAUUGGCUUGAGUUGAGUAGAGGAACGCUAAAGUGCAGUUACGAUCUAUGGGCACAAACAUGACUCUAGACGAUCACAAGAACCUCUCCCGUUUGUUUUGUUAAGGUUGCUUAAGCAAGUUGUCAUUUGUUAUAGUGUUGGCAUAGGAAAAAAAAAAACCAAAAUGCUGGUAACCGACUCAAAGCUAUUAACUGUACAACAGGACGUUCUGUGAUGGUGUGUAUAGUCCCAUUCCGUGGAUGAACCGGCUUACUUUCACUUCCUUCCGGUUUUUGUCUCACCCAUGUUGAGUAUCUUCUUGGGAAUGCUAAAAGAAAAAUGCAAAGCAACAACCUCUCUCAUAUCGUUCUCACUUCAAGUUGUCUUGAAGUCUUAGUUCCUUUGUUCUUUACAUCUCACAGGACUGGGUCCUCCUAACUUCCGGUUAGUGAGUUAGUUUGCUAUCCUGUUACCUCAGCCUUACUACCCUGCACUGGUUCCCAGCCAUCUCCUAGGGCUAAAGGCUUCAGAGCUGAAGUCAGACGACCCUGCAAGCAUCCUGGAUACUCCGCGGGAAUGAAGACCCUACAAGUCAGCUCAGGGUGGACGCUGGACCCCCUUCUAUAGAGCCCAGCUAGUGCGUCUCGCCUUGUUCCCCCACCACCAACCCCAGCAGCAGCUCGCAAACAAUGGAAGUUGCUUGCCUGACAGCCACUACUGGACCUGCCCCCAGACGGCGCGGGCAUGGGGGUUGAGGGCUACCCCCCAAAGCUCUCCCCAGCAGCCAGAGCGGAUGAGGCGCAGGAACCUCGAGGGUGACCUGAUGAUGCUUCAGGGAAGUGGCCACUGGGCGCGCAAGCGGGAGACCCGGGCGAAGCGGCCCUUGGCGCGAGCUGGGGGCCGGAAGGGAGCUCUGGAUUUCGGUCCCUCCCCUUUUCCCUUCUGUGUCUUGGCGCACCGGGGCCCUCAGACCCUCUUGCUGUCAGGUACCAGCCUGGAGGAGAGACUAUCUCUCCUCCAAGCCCUCCACCAUGGAGAAUGUCUCCCAUGACUCCGGGCAGAUGGAGGACUGCCAGAGUAGACAGUGGCUCCUCCCGGAGGAUAGCCCAGCCAUCAGCUCGGUGAUGUUCUCGGCCGGGGUUCUGGGGAACCUUAUUGCGCUGGCGCUGCUGGCACGCCGUUGGCGCGGGGACACGGGAUGCAGUGCCGGCAGCAGGACCUCUAUCUCCUUGUUCCACGUGCUGGUGACAGAGCUGGUGCUCACCGACCUGCUGGGGACCUGUCUCAUCAGUCCGGUGGUCCUGGCUUCCUAUGCGCGGAACCAGACACUGGUGGCCCUGGCUCCCGAGAGCCGCGUAUGCACCUAUUUCGCCUUCACAAUGACUUUCUUCAGUCUUGCCACGAUGCUCAUGCUCUUUGCGAUGGCCCUGGAGCGCUACCUCUCCAUCGGACACCCUUACUUCUACCGGCGCCGUUUCUCGCGUCGCGGGGGCCUGGCGGUGCUGCCAGUCAUCUACGCCGUCUCUUUGCUCUUCUGUUCCCUGCCGCUGCUCAACUACGGGGAGUACGUCCAGUACUGUCCCGGGACAUGGUGCUUUAUCCGGCACGGGCGGACUGCAUACCUGCAGCUCUACGCCACGGUGCUGCUGCUGCUCAUCUUGGCGGUGCUCGCCUGCAACUUCAGCGUCAUCCUUAACCUCAUCCGCAUGCACCGUCGGGCCAGGAGAAGCCGCUGUGGAUCAUCGGGCGGUGGCCUGGGUCGCCCUGGGUCGCGCAGAAGAGGAGAAAGGACUUCGAUGGCGGAGGAGACGGACCACCUCAUUCUCCUGGCCAUUAUGACCAUCACCUUCGCCAUCUGUUCCUUGCCUUUCACAAUCUUUGCUUAUGUGAAUGAAACCUCUUCCCGAAAGGAAAACUUGGACCUCCAAGCUCUUAGAUUUUUAUCAAUUAACUCUAUAAUUGACCCUUGGGUCUUUGCCAUCCUUAGGCCACCGGUCCUGAGACUAAUGCGUUCAGUCCUCUGUUGCCGGACUUCAUUGAGAACACAAGAGGUUUCACGGACUUCCUGUCCUACCCUGUCCAGUGCCACUAAACAGACUGACCUUUGUGGACAGUUAUGAGGAUGCACUUCACAAGGGAGCCUCUGCAAAGGCCUUUAACAGCCUCCUUGGAGAAACGUGAAGAGCUGGCGUAGGAACAAAAUGAAACUGCAAGGUCCUUCGUGGAAGAUCUCAGAAGGCUGUCUACAGCUCAUGCUAUGUGACCUUUGUAGGACAACCAGCUGCAUCUGAGACCCAGUUGAUUUAAGCUUUCCUGCUGAAUAACCAAGCAUGUGGUUUUGUAAUUUGUUUAAAACUCUACGUGGUUACUGUCUCCUGUUUUAAAUUUUGAUGCCACUGCUGUUAUAAAUGCAGUGUGCAGUCAAGCCAAGCGAAACUCAUUCUCUAGGAAGUCAGUUCGUGCAAGCGAUGAAGCAAUCGAAACAGACAAGUUGCUGUCUUGUGAUUGCUUAAUGGACUCUAUUUGGACCAUGAACUUGAAAGUCAUCAGUCCCUUUAACUGUAACGUUGUAACUUUGUGCCUGUGGGAGUCCUCUCCAAUCAGGACUGUGCCACCCUGAGAGGGCUGCACUGAUGUGGUUAAGGCCGGUUUGGUUCACCCUUCCCCUAGGAGCCUUGUCCUGGUAUCAAGUUAUUUAUUCUGUGUUGUCUGUUGUGAUGAUGCUACUGAAGAAGACUAGAAAUUUCCUUCUCAAAAAGAAAUAGUAAAAGAAUUAAUUCUAAUGAAUGCUUUUCAGUUUUUGUUGGGGAAGCUUUUUCACAGUUGAGGCCAGAUUUUAAAAUCAAAAUCUGAAAACCCGAGCCCAUUCUUCAGGUAUACUGGAAUCUUUGUGGUGUUGAUACUAGGGUCACGACUAACAUACACAUCUUCUUUACAAGAUGACUGACUGGGUCACAGCAAACUCUUCUGUUGGUAUUUUUAUUUAAGGAACAUGUUUUGACUCAUACUACAGAAGAAACCAUGUAACCGUGAGUCAUAUCUCAAUGUAUUUCCAAACAUUCGGCAUGGUUUAAACUCAGCAUUAAAGUAUUUCAGUGAGCGUGUA